AUGAAGGCCGCAUUCGCACUCUCCGCCAUUCUGGCCUCCGUUGCCAUGGCUCUGCCCACCCCCACCAGCAUCGUUCCCGCCGGUGCCACCAGCAGCGCUGCCAGCGUUGUCCACAAGACCGUCCACAGCGUCAUGACCGUCACCAACCAGCAGACUGGCAAGAACAUGCUUGUUGAGCUUGAGCAGGGCUUCGCCAGCCAGCUGACCGGCCUUGACCUCGGCAGUGCCACCAACCCCGUUGGCACUAUCGUCCAGACCGCUUCGUCCUUGGAUGGCCUGACCAACACCGGCUCCGGUCUCACCUUCGUCACCAGCGCUGGCGAGUACGUUCUGGUUGAGCUCGAUGACACCAUCGAGGGCCUCCUGUCUACCCUCGGCCUCUCCUUCGUCGGUGACGUUGUCGGCACCGUUGUCUCCGCCCUUGAGAGCGUUGUCUCCAGCGUCAAGCGCUCCAACGAGCUCAACAACGUCCUGUCCAUUACUGGCCUCGACAACCAGCCCAUGCUCGUCAAGACCGAGUCCACCGUCACUGACUUGCUCGGAAACGGCCUCGACCUCUCCUCCGUCCAGGGUACCGUCGGUACCGUUGUUGCUUCCGUCCCCGGUGUCUCUUCCCUUGCCUCCAAGGCUUCCGAGCUUGGCCUCCCCACCAACGAGCUCUUCGGUGUCCUCAGCAACGACGGCUCUUCCGCCCUGCUUGUCCGUGUCACCUCUGCUGCCUCUGGUCUCACCUCCACCGUCACUGGCCUUCUGUCUACUCUCGGCCUCGGUGACCUGACCACCACUGUCGGCUCUGUCGUCACCUCUGCUCAGGGUGUCACUUCCCUCUAA